ACGUGAUCGGAGAGAGAUAGAGAGCUCAGGAUGAACGGCCGAGGAUCAAUGAUCAGCUGCUGCUGCCUGGCGCUGCUCGUGCUCGCGGCCGCGGCUCAGGAGCCCUGCCGCGCGGCCACGUGCAGCCAGGAGCUUCCCGCUGAUUUUGUGAGAGAAGUGUGGAGGAAAACGAAGGACCUGAUCAGCUCUCUGCCGAAUGAAGACUCCGGGCGCUUAAGACUGCUCCCUUUCUACUGCACCAACACGUCUGUCUGCCCUCAGCGUCUGGGCUGGUCUGAGGUUGGUCAUGUGAUCAGGGUUUACCAGAAGAGAGUCUUUCGUAGUGAUGUCAUCAAGAAGCUCCUCCCGGACCACUUCCAUGCACUCCUGCAUCGCCUCGACAAAACCCUACACGACUGUGCUCAGCGUCCGAAACGCUCCAAAGAAGUCCUUCAGUUUGAGAAGAAAAUCAAGAGGGUCCUGAGGAAGAGGAGGGAGGAAGGUGUGUUCAAGGCGGUGAGAGAGUUCCCCUUCGUCCUCCGAUGGGUCGAUGAGUUGAGGGAAACUCUUCAUCAUUACCCCAUCCAGGACCCGGACGAGAUGAUGAUGAAAAGGACGAUGAGGAGCCAGGCUGUAGUGGUGGUCCUGAUGCUGAGCCAGGCUCUGGCCCGGGCUGUCGACCCCAACCAUCCCGGGGAUACCAUCAUCAAGGCCAACAAGGAGGCGCAGCAUGACAAGGUGUUCUUGAUGAACGCUACCCUGGGGGUCUACCUGCAGAUCCUGUCCCGGGUCCUGGCCGACCCCAUCCCUGUUCCGGAGGGUCCUGGGGUUACGGGGGGUCCGGAGGGCCCGCUGUUCAAGGAGGCGCUGCGUAAACUCCAAGCAGAACUGCUGCGAAUGAAGGGAUGCUAUUACCACGGCAACCAGAACAACCCCCUCCAGGCCGCCCUGGACCAGCUCCACGCCAUAAAGGUGGACGACCCCCUGGUCCAGAGACAGGCCCUGGCAGAGUUCAUGAUGGUGCGAGAAGUUGUCUCUAAUGUCGGCUCGAGGAACAACAACCACACCUCAAAGACCCUGUGUCACCUGCUGUAUACUCUUUGA